CCUUGACGAGAAAGAACGACAGUGCCCGUCGCGUGCUUCUAAUAACCUUCCAUAAAUUCGAAUUAUCUAAAUUCUCUCGGAUCCUUCCACAACGAGCUGUUUCUGACCGCCUAUUACAUAUCUCAACCGACAUUCUCAUCUAGCGGCCUUGCCGUCCCUUGCGGCAAUCGUGGUGGAAAGCGCAUAAAAGCUGCAAGCGGCUCACAGCGGUAGCCUGCGCACCUGCGAGAAUCAGCCGAAAGCGAUUGCGUAGACCAGAACGUGGCCGCGUACCAGUGAGAACCGAGAUCCCGCCUUGUCUACACUAACCAUCUCAGCGAGAAACUUCGCGGGGAAAAAAAUAAGCUUCGAUGUAUCGAAGCUACGAACGAUUCUCGAUUCAUCAAGUCAAAAUGGUAGCAGAGUUGGCAGUAAAUUUAUUUACAUCUGUUACCUCUGUAUAACUCUCAGUAUAUGAGAAUUGGAAUUAUUGACAAAAGGUUUAUCAUCUGUAAAGAUUGCAUAUUAUAAUGAGCUUCUUAAAUAUAAUGCAAUAUCGACGUAAUUAAACCGGAAGUUCGUUGUAUCUCAAAAAGAAUACGAUGCUUCGGCAUGGCAGUAAAAUGUAUGGAAGGGCCUUUUGUGUUCAGACUAAAUGACAACGGUACCGGACCGCAUCUACUUGUACAGGUUUGCACGGAAAGGGGAUGGCGGGAGUACGCCGGUGAAAAUAAUGUAUUCAAAGAUCGAUGGAAUUUAUGGUGGCGGUCCGGCGGUUUCCCCACAUCACAUUACAGGCCAUUAUUCCCCUGCCAGUUCGUCAAUCGAAUACCAAAGGGAAAUUCCAUCUGUCGAAAGGAUAAGCUUAUCCAUUAUCUCUGUUUGAUAUUUAUUCAUCAUAUUAGUCCCGUAGGAUAUAACCUGCCUUCUGAAUAUACAAAAUUGGCCGAAGAGUGUAGUCGUUACGAGAAAGAUGAUAAAAUUUGGAUUUGCAAACCGGUCGGCCAAAGUCAAGGGAGAGGAAUCUUUUUAUUUCGCAAAUUAAGCGAUCUAUCGUAUGACAAUGCCGCGGUUGUACAAAGAUAUAUCGAGAAUCCUUUGCUAAUCGGAGGAUACAAAUUCGAUCUUCGUUUAUAUGUAUGCGUGCCAUCGUAUCGCCCGUUAACGAUUUAUUUGUACAAGGAAGGUCUGGCUCGUUUUGCCACUGAAAAGUUUUCCUUGGAGCGAUUAGAUGAUCCCUUUCGACAUCUCACAAAUUUUUCUCUAAACAAACUGGGACCAGGUUAUUCAGAAAAGAAAGAACGCAUCGGUGCCGGAUGCAAAUGGACAUUUAGACAAUUGCGGAGAUAUUUCGAACAGUCAGGAUACUUUGAUUGGAUUCUGUGGCAGAGAAUCUCCUGUCUCGUAACUUUAACAAUUCUAAGUCAAGCAGCAGGCAUUCCUAAAUCUUCGAAUUGUUUUGAAUUUUUUGGCUUCGACGUGCUGAUUGACGAAAAUUUAAAGCCGUGGCUUUUAGAAGUGAACUUAAGUCCGGCUUUAAGUAACGACUGCGAAGUCGAUUCAGAAGUGAAAAAACCCCUGUUGCAUGAUUUGUUUGAUUUAUUGGGUCUUCCAGUAUGCAAUACCGGACUCUCUCUGUUUACAAUCUGGUCCUCUCCCGACCGCAUCGAGGAGGAUGAGGGCGAAGUGUCUUCCAAAUUCGGUCGUUCCGUGAAAAAGAGAUCGAAACUCGGACGAGAAGCUGAAACUUUUCUAAAUUUUUCCUCGGAGACCCAAGCCACGUUGCGACAAUCACCACCGGAAGUUUGUCCUACUACCUGGCCACGCCAUUACAACCAGCUGUUAAUGGACAAAUACAUACAUCGAUAUAAAGGAAAUACGAUCGAGAAUCAUGCGUCAUCGCCGAUUUGGGAUAAUGGUAGAGAUUGGAGGACUUCCUGCGUAAGAGAAGGCGGAUGGAUUCGUAUUUGCCCGUUUAUUCGGAUGAAACAUAUGGAGAAUACGGAAUAUACGAGACCGUCACCCAGAAUUGUUGAAAAUGAAAUCAAGAACAUGGUCCUGUCUAUACAAAAAUAUUUAAAAGCUGCAAAGGAAGUGCAGCAGAGGAACGAAAAACUCACGGACGAGCAGUGCAAUGCUCUUUUGCGAAAAGCACUCGAAUUAAAUACAGAAAUUUGGCUGCCAGAAAAGUAAAAACCUAGGAGUCUGGAUUUUUUGCUCACGAUGUUCAAAUUUAUUUUACGCUUGCUCAUAUAUAGUGUUAUUUUAAGAAAUAUUUCGUAUGAUGUUUAAUGCACAUUAUAUUAAACGUGCAUUUUUUCAUUCCAUCG